GGUGGUCGUGCGGCGACGGUGGAGGGGGAGGAAAGAAAUGACCAAAGAAACCGAAGGAUGAAAGGGUAAACAAGGAGUUUCACCCACGCGACGCCCGCACUCACGCGCCCGCGCGCGACCGGUCACUCGCAACACACGAACCGCGCUCGCACACACGCGGCCGGUCAUUUAUUACAUAGACGUGGCGCCGCAGACACGUCGUCGACCGCGAUGGCCAGGACAACUGCAAGGAACGCUUUGUUGGUGAUGUACUGCUGCUGGUGCGCGAUGACUUCCGUCUGGCUGGCGGUGGCCGCGGACGUCGGCCAUGGGACGCCGGCAGCGCGACCCGGUACCGAUAACGGGACGGUGUCCAGGAGCAAGAGAUGGUCCACGACGUUCGGCGCCACAUCGAGCAACAAGAACGCGACCGGUAAUAAUGGAAUUCGAGAAUGUAAUACGGACUCGGAUUGUCUAGAAACGCUAUUUACGUCUUGUGGGGUUGAUCCUAGUGACAGGAAAAAAAGAUGUUUCUGUGCAGACGGAAAACUGCCAUUGAAUGGAGACUGUUUAAAAAAGCCAAGAGGACCGCUUUUUGUUCCAGCAUUGAGAACGUCAUGUGAAACGGAUUUGGAGUGCUUGCCAAAUGCUAUAUGCAAGAAUAACGCCACAUCAACAAAUUCGAGAUUGAAAAUAUGCAUGUGUAAAGAUGGUUUCACCGAGGAAAAAGAUUCUUGCAAUUAUGCUGAUUUAUUAACCUUCAGUUACACAACCUUGUUCGUCACAGUUUUCACUUCAUGGAUAUGGAAUGAUUGUCGUGCUUAAGCCAUCGUAGACUUUUUGAAAGAAGUUUUUCCGUAACUUUUUUCUUUUUUUUAUGCACUACUUAUAAAUAAUUUACUUAAAUUUUUUUAUUAAUAAUUUUCACUAAAUUAACGCACACAUUAAUUAUAAUAUUUAUUGUUCCCUGUUUAUACUGUUACAUGCAGUCUAUUUGACUUUAGUU